AAUAUUGCAUAACGCCGCGGUGUGGAAUUUCUUAUGGAGAACUGUCAGUAAAAUGCCCACCGUGGUCAGUCGGCUACUUGAGGAAUACAAAGAAGCAGAAUCAGGAUUGAAAAUCGAUCCGGCUCGUUGGCAAACUUGUGUGACCGAGACACAAGCAACUUUUGGAAUGGUCAUUGGACGAAUUUUUGUCAAUCAAAAAUUUGAUCAGAAAAGCAAAGAGGCCGCGACCGAAAUGAUUACCGAGAUUCGUGAGGCAUUCAAAGAAAAUUUUGCCACUGUGGAAUGGAUGCAAGAAGAGGACAAAGUCAAAGCGAUUGAAAAGGUGGAUACCAUGAAGGCUUCGGUUGGAUAUCCACCCGAUAUCAAUGAUAUCGCGAAAGAGACACGUGUGUACGCGUCCAUUAAGAAUAUGAGCGUUGACACCUAUUUGGAGAACUACUUGGCGUGUUCAGAAGCCCUCUUCCGAGAUCACAUGAACCUACUUCGUACGAUGAAUAAGGAUGAAUGGGAGUUAUCCCCACAUAUUGUGAACGCGUUUUACAAAGACAAUGCGAACCACAUCUACUUUCCCGCCGGAAUACUCCAAAAUCCAGUGUACGAUCAUAAACACCCUUUGUCUCUCAACUUUGGCGGCAUCGGAAUGGUUGUGGGCCACGAGAUUACUCAUGCGUUUGAUCAAUACGGUUCCAAACGUGACGCACAAGGCAACCUGCGGCAGUGGUGGAGCAACAAGACCCGAGAGGCAUUCGAGCGCAAUUCCCAAUGCAUGAUUGAACAGUACAGCAAUUACAGCGUCUUGAACACAAGUCUCAAUGGUAAAAUGACCUUGGGAGAAAAUAUCGCUGACAACGGAGGAAUUAAAGCCGCCUACAAAGCGUUUAAGAAGCUGGAGGCAAAAUACUCCGAUGGUCCCAUCCUGCCGGGAUUGAAUUUCACUUCGGAUCAGUUGUUCUUUCUGUCAUUUGCCCAGCUGUGGUGCGUGAAACACCUUCCAAGGUCAGUACUAAACACCGUUCUAUUUGACGUUCACACGGUGGAUCAGUACAGAGUCAUUGGAACUUUGACCAACUCCGAGGAUUUUGCGCGCGUGUUUAAGUGCCCAGUAGGAUCAUACAUGAAUCCUGAGAAGAAGUGUAAAGUAUGGUGAAUGCGUUUUCGGAAUGCACCCUUUUCAUCACUCUGGGCAUGUAUACAUAUCGAGUGGUUAUGUUCAAUUCCUGCAGUCCAGUUCGUCGUGUCAUCGGCGAACAAAGUGACCGUUUUUCAAGCCGAAGACGCCCGUUAACCGCCAUCUGAACAAACUUAUGUGAAACUCCCAGCUCGCCCACCUUCAACGCGUCAUUAAUCAUCAUCCAACUUAAUAUUGAGCACUGUGAAGAUUUUUACCAUGCGGUAUCAUCAGACAUCCUUCGAUCACAUCAAUUUCUCCAUAUUUCUCAGCUGCACUGCAUUUUACUCGUUUUGAUUUUACCACAACCAUUUUAACUACACAUUAUUUGUGUGAUCCAGACCAUUUGUCCUCCCGACCUGUCAAUCGCUCAUCGAAAUUCCUCACAAUGUGGUUUCCCACUCAGUGUAUUUUUAUGCUGAUCGUUGCAGUGGCUCAUCCGGCCUGCUUGACCAUGUGUAAGGCGGUGUCGCUUUAUAUGGUCUCCAUACAUUUGUAAAUUUUUCCCCCACCCACAAAUUGUUCGUAUUGUGACUUUUUAUUGAUUGUAUCCACGUUCGAACGAAUUCAUUCGCUACCACUGUGGUCUGCUC